AUGGCCGCCACCGCCACCAGCCCUGCCAGAGAGGCUGAGGGUGGAAUCCGAAAGUGCGGGGAGAAGGAGGAGAAAAAGGAAGAGAAAGAGGGGGCAGCAGGGCCGGUCUUGAUGGCAGAGGGGGCUCUGAAUCCCUCCGGGGCCCUGCUGUCCCAGAGGAGGAAGGCCCAGGAUGGGGGCCCCCAGGGGGUCAAGUUGGAGUUACACCCACUGCUGAACAGGUGGGCGCUGUGGUUCUUCAAGAAUGACCGCAGCCGAGCCUGGCAGGACAACCUGCAUCUGGUCACCAAGUUUGACACUGUGGAGGACUUCUGGGCAAUGUACAGUCACAUCCAACUGGCCAGUAAGCUCUCUUCCGGCUGUGACUACGCCCUGUUCAAGGAUGGCAUUGAGCCCAUGUGGGAGGACAGCAGGAAUAAGAGGGGUGGCCGCUGGCUGGUCAGUCUAGCCAAGCAGCAGCGCCACAGCGAGCUGGACCGCCUGUGGCUGGAGACUCUGCUGUGCCUGAUAGGGGAGAGCUUCGAGGAGCACAGCCGGGAGGUGUGUGGGGCUGUCAUCAACAUCCGAACCAAGGGGGACAAGAUCGCCGUGUGGACGAGGGAGGCAGAGAACCAGGCGGGCGUGCUGCACAUUGGGCAGGUCUACAAAGAGCGUCUGGGCCUCUCCACAAAGAUCGUCAUUGGGUAUCAAGCCCACGCAGACACAGCCACCAAGAGCAACUCCCUAACUAAGAAUAAGUUUGUGGUGUGA